AGGUGCGGUCGCCCCGCCGCCGAAAACACGGGCAGCGCGCGACGCAGAUGAGCCGCCGAGGCCGCCUUCCGCAGAGGACGGGUCCGACGCCGCCACGGCAGGCGCCGAGGAGGGCGAGGGGGAGAGCACUGAGGGCGGCGAGGAGCACGAACACGACCACGAGCCGCCGCCCGAGAGCACCACCGAAGACGAGCCCGCCCCGAGCACAGAGGGCACCGAGGAUCCCGACCCCGACUUGCCAGAUAUUCCUGACGCAGUUCCUGCGCGCGGGGGUGACCUCCAAUGACGUGUUUGGGCGACCUUCACCGCGUUCUGGGGCUGGUGUCUGGUACCCAUCCUGCUCUGGCCCAUCUCGGCGAGGGUCGCCGCGCUCGUUCGCCGCCACUAGUCCGUUGAUGUCUGUCUGUCGGCGCUCGGGGGCGACGCCUCCGAGUUCCUCGUGGUUCCUGCCUCCCUUCCUCACUUAUUCGCCUGCCAGUACCCAGCCACCCAUGCAUAUGCCCCAUGCCCUGCGGACUCCUCUCCCUACUUGGCCCGCUUUCGCGCUGCGCCCUUCGACGGAGACAUACGCUGAAUAUAUGUAUAUGUGCAUGGUAUGCUGCUACCUAUGUAUGACGCCUGCAAGCCAUUGGCCAUACACGCCUUUUCAUGAUUCUCUCGUCCGGCGAGCUUCUCUUCACCUCGCCUCACUUCACUUGGCAUUGAUUCACUUCACCUUUUCUUUUCGGAUUUUACUCCGUCUUGCUACCACUACUGCUGUGCAUUGCUACAUACAUUACCAUCUCUGACAUUCUCUGUCUCUUCUCGCCUACGCUCUUCAUUUUUGCCUUUGCGACGUUGGAUGUGUACAAAAUGGUGACUUUUAUGGGCUUUGGGUAAUGAAGUUGUUUACUGUCGAGGCGAUCUUGGAUUCUUGCCGCGCGAGUAGUCAGUUCAUCGUCCUUGAUGUUCUUCGUAGAGGUCGCGCAUGGAAGGAAGGAUUCCAAGUCAGGCUGGCUUGAUCAGUGUUCAUAUGCACACUU